GUUCAGGGAAGCAUUGGCUGGACUCGAUCUCCUUCUUCUUAUGAAGCUCAACAAAGCAGUGUCGUCUUGGAACGCAGAACAAAUCGGGUUUUAUUCAGCUGGUAUACUUUGGUGUGUUCUCAUUUAUCUCUCGCUCACAGAACACUCUAACAUGGCAGCCAUUUAAUCUUUUUCAGAUUACCAAGUGUUUGUUAUGGCUCCAGAGUUUGAUGAUUGAAACUGUAGUGCUGUCUUUGAACUGUGUUGUUUUUGUUAUAGGGUAUUUCUCUCCCCUUCCUCCCCCACUAAUGUAACUUCUUAUGGAACCAAAAAGAUCUUUGUUGAAUUACUGCAAGCAUAAGCAUGCUUUUCUUCAUUUUGCAGAGCUGUGUCUGUUGCUCACUCUGAACUGUUUUCUGAGAAAGUGUAAUAAUUCUGCAUUCUUUCUUGGGGCUGACUUUUUGUCUGUGACCAAGAGAAAGAUUCCCCUUACGAAAUGUAGGGGUUCCUCUUUUGUCUGCCCUCCUAUUUGUCUUCUGUCAUUCAUAUUGAAGUUGGCUGUCUUCAGGAGACCUGGUGCAAUAAAGCUUCAGUAUUUGCAAGAAGUAGGAGGAACAUGUGGUUCAAAUUGAUUGCUGCACCAUUUACAAUGUGGAAAGCCUGUCUCCUUUGGCCAUGCCUGGUUUAUCUGGAAAAGCAGGAAGAGCAUGCAAGCUACAAGGCUGGAUUGAUUCUUCUUGGUUCUGCUCAGCUGUCAGCUGUUAUUUCCCAGCAGGCACAAGUGAUGCUCUGCUCCCCGAAUGGGCUCCGUCACUGUGCCUUACAUUUCCAUAGCCUGUACUUAAAAGUCGUAGGCUGUCUAAAUGAAAACGUGUAUGUCUUAGAAGAUAUUACCAAAGAAAAAAAAGAAGAGGUAAACAGUGGCUCUGCAGGAUUUGUAUUUUGUACUUCAUUAUUUCAGUUAUAUCAAUCAAGUUAAACUUUUGUAGUUAAGCUGUGUUGGAAAGAGACAGGAAGAAUACUAUUGUACUGAGCUCCCUGAGAAAGAUGCAUCUGGUGGCCUUUUGGGUUAGUGCGUUGCUCAUUUACUACCUCAUGUAUUCAAGGAAAAAUCCAAACCCGAUGAUGUGACUUUCUGCCUUGCCCAAGUGCAGUUAGCUGUGGCCUAUAUCCAAGAGUUUCAGAAAAGAGAAUCAGGCCCUUGCCAAGGAUGAAAGACAAGUAUGAUGGGUGAGUACUCCUGGCAGACAGAUUGUUUCAUUUAUUAUGCAGCUAUUUGAAGCUUCCGGGUUUCCGUAUACAAGGGAGGAGAAUUGCCUCGCAAGGUCACUGGGAACAAGGAAUACAAUGUGGAAGACAUACUGUCCUUCUGUUCUUUGACAGAACAGAUCCUUUCAUUCCGUGACGUGCUGGCAGGACCCACUGGGCUGAGGUUGUGCCAACUCCAUACUGUGUGUAUUUAUCAGUUUAUCCCCUCACUCACCAGAAAAAUGAGUUUAUGAAAUGUUGGCGAGAGCCCAAAUGAGAAUUAAUAUACAAACAGCAUCUGAGCCAGCUUCUGGAUAUGUGAAUGGUGCAGGCUGUAGUUGUAUAGUAGCUUCCUUAGUGUAUAAAGACUGGAUGUAACUAGAUAGGUUUUGUUCUUUUCCUUUAAUUCUAAGAGUGCAUGUCUUUUGAGAUUUAUUUGUUUGUUUAAACUGUGCAUUGAAGAUUGUACAACAGAGAGGAUAAGAGAGUUACUGCCUCUGCAAAAACUUGAGUCACUGAGUGUUACUGAGACAUGGAAUUAUCCUGAUAUUAAAGAAGAUAAGCUGUUAGGGGAAAAUUAGAAGAUUCUAAUUUAUUUUAGAUGCUAAUCUCCUGUUUUGUUUCUAAUUGUGUCUCCAAAGUACAUCCCAGAUGAUGUCUAGUCCUGUCCUAAGGAAGAGAUGAGAUGUUUUGCAUGAGACUUUAAAAACUCUUCUGUCCCUUUGAGGCAGAAAACCAGUCUGCAGAACUGCAAUGUGGUGAUUAAUUGAGACAUAGUGUAAGUAACAGAAAACAAGUCUAGUCAUCAGAGAUGUUAAGCAACUUGGUUGAAGUGUGUUAGCAGUCAUGCCUGUAAUGCAUGUCAGAGGCUAUCAUUGCUGUUUUGAAUGAAUCAUUCGGGUGACAGAAGUCUUAACUUAUUUCAUAAUUGUAUACAUAAGAUCACAGAACACACGAACUACCUAUUAAAUACUUCUGUAUUGUAAUUUCACUGUCUCAACAUUGGAAGAUGUGUCUUCAAAGGAACAUGGUUUUUUUUCUGAUGGAACAUAGUUCCUGUAGAUGUUAAACUGUGUGUAUUCAGAUAAGAAUCUAUCUGGUGCCACACGGAAAUAUUUCUGAUACUCAAAUGGCAGUCAGCUCCCAGAAAAGUUGCUCAGUAUUUUCUCAGAAGGCACAGUCUUUCUUCAGCUUCCUGGCAAAAGAGGAACUAUUGCUUGGAAAUGAGCCAGCAAUCCAUGUAAUGAAAUACCAUGGCUCGAACAGUGAUCGGCACCCGGGGGGGAUUUCAAAAGCGCUGCAGCAUCUGGUCUGCUGCUUUUUAAUUGCGUUCCUUCUGAAACAAAAAGCCCCUUGCCGCCUUCACUAGAAGAUUUUUUUAAGUUAUUAAUAAUAAACACCAAACUUGAAAUGGAGCAUUUACAGUGACAAAAAGAUCAGCUGAAAAAGCUGCUGCCGCAGUUAGCUUGUCCAUGCAUCAUCAACAGACAACAAAGGACAAUGACUGUGGCUCUGUCUCUGAAAUUCCUCCACAAAAUCAUCAGAGUUUCUCCAUUUUAACCAUUUUUUCCUCCAGAAAUGUUUUUAUCCGGCACUGUGAGGCAUGAAACGUGAGGUCUGAAAAAUCUGAACUUCCUCUUGCCCUUAGCACGUGGGGCACUUCUCAGUGGGAGUGCAGGAACCUUGGAGUUCAAGCUUUCAUUUUGCAAAUCUAGCCCUUAUGGGCUGCACGUUGAAUGAGUCUGACAUAAAGCCAAGAACCAUCUGGAGUGAUUUUAAUUAGCUUCAGGCUCCACAUCUUUGUAGAAUUCUUUAGCACAAGUGAUCCGGUCUGAGGUAGAUAAAUAUCUACGCGUAGAUUUUUUUUUAAACUUGCUUUCCCCUGAUUAGAAAUGCUUCUAGAAGCCACAGGUGAAGGUUUUGGACCUUGAGAGAACUCGGACAGCAAGGCUGGGCAGGGAAGAAUCCUGUGAAUAGUCUUCUGCAUCCAGAAAGUGAUCCCUGCUGAAACUAACACGAGCUGUGCAUCUGUACCAGAAUGAGGGAUGGAGACCCUUGGCUGUAGUGUUCCUCAAAGUGUGCAUCAGCACUGUUGUGAACAAUGGCCCCCUUCUUACGGAUAUCUUUCAACUCAUUUGAGCUGGGACCUGUGCAGAAUCAAGGGGAACAACUACAGCCUUUCUGCGCUAUCAAGAUGAAGGAGGCACUGACUACAGAGAGAGGAAAAACUCUGAUUCAGAGGAAACCCACCAUGUAUCCAGAAUGGAAGUCUACUUUUGAUGCCCACAUUUAUGAAGGACGCGUGAUUCAGAUUGUUCUCAUGAAAGCAGCAGAAGAGCCAUUAUCUGAAGUGACUGUAGGUGUGUCUGUCCUGGCGGAGCGUUGCAAGAAGGGCAGUGGCAAAGCAGAAUUCUGGCUUGACCUACAGCCUCAGGGGAAGGUGCUGAUGGCAGUGCAGUAUUUUUUAGAAGACGCAGAUUGCAGACAGUCAAUGAGGGAAGAAGAGGGAACAGUAACUAUCAACAGGAGAGGAGCUAUCAAGCAAGCAAAAAUCCACUACAUCAAAAAUCAUGAAUUUAUCGCUACCUUCUUUGGACAGCCCACCUUUUGUUCUGUCUGCAAAGACUUCGUCUGGGGACUGAACAAACAAGGAUACAAAUGUAGGCAGUGCAACGCUGCUAUUCAUAAGAAAUGUAUUGAUAAAAUCAUUGGGAGAUGUACUGGUACUGCAGCCAACAGCAGAGACACAAUGUUUCAGAAGGAACGUUUCAACAUCGACAUGCCUCACCGCUUCAAAGUUUACAACUACAUGAGCCCUACCUUCUGUGACCACUGUGGCAGCCUGCUCUGGGGGCUGGUCAGGCAAGGACUCAAAUGUGAAGAAUGUGCAAUGAAUGUGCAUCAUAAAUGCCAAAAGAAGGUGGCCAACCUGUGUGGAAUUAACCAGAAGUUGCUAGCUGAAGCUUUAACUCAAGUCAGCCAGAAGUCUACGCGAAGAUCUGAUUCUGGAUCUGUAGAAAAUGUUGGCAUUUACCAAGAUUUUGAUAAGAAGCCUCGAGGUCCAGGAGGGGAUACAGGAGAUAACAGCCAGUAUGAUAAACUCUGGGAGGGAAGCACUGCCAAGGCAGCGCCACGAAUUGCAAGCAGGAGAAAAUUCAAUAUAGACAGCUUUGUCUUCCAUAAAGUACUGGGGAAAGGAAGUUUUGGAAAGGUACUGCUUGCUGAGCUAAAAGGAAAGAAUGAGUUCUUUGCUAUCAAAGCUCUGAAAAAAGACGUGGUGCUAAUUGAUGAUGAUGUGGAAUGUACCAUGGUGGAGAAGCGGGUCCUGGCACUUGCAUGGGAAAAUCCAUUUCUCACACACCUUUAUUGCACGUUCCAGACAAAGGAUCACCUGUUUUUUGUUAUGGAGUUCCUGAAUGGGGGAGACCUGAUGUUUCACAUACAAGACAAGGGGCGUUUUGAUCUCUACAGAGCAACGUUUUAUGGAGCUGAAAUUUUAUGUGGGCUACAGUUUCUUCACAGCAAAGGCAUUAUUUAUAGAGACCUAAAACUGGACAAUGUUAUGCUCGAUAAAGAAGGCCACAUCAAAAUAGCUGAUUUUGGAAUGUGCAAAGAAAAUGUAGUUGGUGAGAACAAGGCAAGCACUUUCUGUGGGACCCCAGACUACAUUGCUCCAGAGAUUCUGCAAGGCUUGAAGUACACAUUCUCUGUGGACUGGUGGUCAUUUGGAGUCCUGCUAUACGAGAUGCUCAUUGGACAGUCUCCUUUCCAUGGGGAUGAUGAAGAUGAGUUGUUUGAGUCAAUCCGAGUGGACACACCUCACUACCCACGAUGGAUUACCAAGGAAUCAAAAGAUUUAUUAGAAAAGCUGUUUGAAAGAGAUCCAACAAGAAGACUUGGUGUCACUGGGAAUAUCAGAGAUCAUCCUUUCUUCAAAACCAUCAACUGGACGACCCUAGAGAAGAGGGAGAUAGACCCUCCUUUCAAGCCAAAAGUGAAGUCAGCAAGUGACUACAACAACUUCGACAGAGAAUUUCUGAAUGAGAAGCCAAAGCUUUCUUACAGUGACAAAAACCUGAUCGACUCCAUGGACCAGUCUGCAUUCGCUGGCUUCUCGUUCACCAACCCCAAAUUUGAGCAGAUCUUAGAAAAAUAGUCUGAACAGAGCCGGACUUACGAACAGCAUUAAAUGUUAUGAACAGAAAACUCCAGUGCUAAGUGGUACGUUCCAAUGAUGUGUCAAUACGUCAGAGUAAUAGCUCGGUAGUGUGGUUAAUUACGUGUAACUGCUGAUUUAUUGGCAGUGUUCUUCUGUGCAUGGCCGGGUGUGAGGUAUGUGAAUCACGUGCAUUAUUUUCUCUAUUUGGGAAAAUGUAAAUUGUUUGGUUACUUGAAUGUAGUUAUGUUUUAUAUAUAUAUAUAAAUAUAUAUGCUGUAUAUUUUGCUCGAGACAUUGGAGAAUGGAAGAUGUCUUUUUAAAAAAACCCGUGUUUGAGCCCUUGGUUCUUUUGUCCUCACUCCAAAGGAAGUUGCAUUAAACUUUUGUUCUUCGCUUUGA